AUGGCCACCACGGCCGCUGUCAGAAUGGGACAGGGCGUCGCGGACGUCGUCGGGAUCGGGCAGGGCACCGCGGUCGCCAUCGGGAUAGGGAAUGGCAUAUCGGCACCUCUGCGGCGGGCUGUGGCCUCUCGGCCUCAGUCGCGUGCGGUGGAGAGAACCUUAUCCUUCUGUCUGGAUAAUGGAGGUAUGAUUGUUACCUCUGCAUUAAUCAUAUGGAAGGGGUUGAUAGUUUUCACGGGGAGCGAGUCACCAGUUGUAGUGGUUCUCUCUGGUAGCAUGGAGCCUGGAUUUAAAAGGGGUGAUAUCUUGUUUUUGCAUAUGAGCAAAGAUCCUAUUCGCACAGGAGAAAUAGUUGUUUUCAAUGUCGAUGGCCGUGAAAUUCCAAUUGUUCACCGUGUGAUUAAGGUCCAUGAACGUCAGGACACUGCAGAAGUGGACAUCCUCACCAAAGGUGACAAUAAUUUUGGGGAUGACCGACUAUUAUAUGCACAUGGGCAGCUUUGGCUCCAGCAACAUCACAUUAUGGGACGUGCCGUGGGCUACCUUCCAUAUGUUGGCUGGGUUACAAUUAUCAUGACUGAGAAACCAUUUAUUAAGUACCUGCUGAUUGGCGCACUGGGCUUGCUGGUCAUAACGUCGAAAGAUUAG